AUGACGGCCGUGGACCCCGAGAAAGCUCCCCGCGAUGUCGCGACAUCGCCAGACACCCUUACGGAGACGCCUUCACACUUCGUCAACGAAGACCGCCUGCGACGGUCCCUCUCAGCACGCCAAGUUCAGAUGAUCGCAAUUGGAGGAACCAUAGGAACUGGACUCUUCCUUGGUACCGGCAAGGCCCUCGCGACUGGAGGACCCGCUUCUCUACUCAUCUGCUAUUCUAUCGUUGGCUUUAUCGUCUUCUGCACUAUGCUGUCUUUGGGGGAGAUGGCAGCUUUCGUUCCAGUAGCAGGGUCUUUUUGCACCUUUGCUGGGCGCUACGUCGACGAUGCGUUUGGCUUUGCGCUGACCUGGAAUUAUUGGUUCAACGACGCUGUCAGCACGGCAGCGGAUUUGGUUGCGCUCCAGUUGUUGAUUCGGUAUUGGAGCGAUAGUGUGCCCUGGUAUGCGCUGGGAAUUGCCGUAUGGGUGCUUAUCGUCCUAGCCAAUAUCAUCAACGUCAAAGCAUACGGCGAGCUGGAGUACUGGCUGAGCUUGCUUAAGGUGGUUACCAUUAUCAUUUUCAUCAUCUUGAGCAUUGCAGUAAAUGCCGGAGGAAACGAUGGCUAUGGCUAUAUCGGAGGGAAAUACUGGACUAUCGGCGACGCGCCAUUCGUGGGAGGCAUCGGUGGCUUCGCGUCUGUCUUUGUUACAGCCUCAUUCGCAUACGGAGGAACCGAGUCGAUUGCCAUUACUGCGGGAGAGACGCGCGAUCCGGCUCGCACCCUGCCAAGAGUAGUGAAGAACGUCUUUUGGCGCAUUCUGCUCUUCUAUAUCCUCACAGCUACCAUGAUUGGCUUCAACAUCCCCUACAACUACCCUGGACUCAGCACAAAGUCCAGCCGCACGUCGCCAUUCACGAUUGCUUUUCAGAUGGCAGGAUCAAAGGCCGCAGGCUCGUUCGUCAACGCCGUGAUCCUUACUAGCGUUAUUUCUGCUGGAAACCACGCCCUCUACGCCGGAUCGAGAUUGCUCUACACCCUCGGCUCCAACGGCCAUGCACCCAAAGUCUUCACCAAGUUGACGCGCUACCAAGUUCCAUGGGUAUCGGUCAUGACGACGAGCAUCGUGUCAAUUGUACUCUUCUCCCUCUCAUUUGCUGGAUCCGGCCAAGUAUGGACAUGGUUGCAAAAUAUUGUCGGCGUCUCCAACCAAUUGAGCUGGAUAUGCAUCGGCAUCGCGUCUCUCCGCUUCCGCGCCGGUCUCAAAGCCCAGGGCAAAGAGCACCUUCUUCCUUUCCGCAACUGGAUGUACCCAUGGGGCCCCAUUAUCUGCAUCGUUCUCAACACCUUUAUCGUCUUGGUCCAAGGCUGGACAGCUUUCAGUCCCAGCUUUGCCUCUGUAGACUUUGUCAGCUUCUAUCUUGAGCUACCAGUCUUCUUUGUAAUGAUUGUGGCAUGGAAGCUUAUCAAAAAGACCAAGUUCAGGAAAGCAAGCGAGAUGGAUCUGGAGACGGAUGUGUAUACGAAGGAUGAUAUGGAGCCGGAGGAGAAAGGAUGGAAAGGAACGGGCAAGAGGGUAGCCACGUGGUUUUGCUUCUAG